AUGAAGUCAUCAUUCCCUCCCGAAGUCAUCUAUCUCGAGGUAGAUGGUAGAGGAACCCUCGUCUUCAAGGAUACUCCAGAAGGUGCAGUUCCAGUGAUCCGGAUCGCGCGGGGACUAGAACCCGAUGCAUGCGUGGCUGGGGCUGAGAACGCCAGUACAAAUUCGACCAUGGCGGCGUCGUUUAAGCACGCAUGCAUUUACAAGCAACUGUCGAUUUCUUGGGACGACGGAAAGUAG